CCUCUUCUCUUCUCUCCACAUCUGCGCAGGACAGUGUUGCCAGAGCCAAAAGCACACCACGCUGCAGACACUCGUAUCGCAUAGCAUCGAGAGAAGAAGCUGCGAGAUAACGCAAUUGAUCUCGCUUGAUCGUGAUCUUGAUUAUCAGCUACGAUGAUUCGGGUACCGAAAACAACCCUGCGCGAUUACCGCAGGACCCUGCGCUACCGUACACUUGCAGCAAACAGAUAUCCCGCCUACCUUAACCUCUCUACUUCUGCCGUGAGAUCUGCCGAGGCGGACAAGAAAGAAAAAGGACAGAAACGCAAGCUCAAGUUCUCGAUCUACAAAGCAGCCGCCGCGGUCGUCGCCUCUGCAUCUGCGAUCGCGUCAUCCUCACCCAAGAUCAAAAACGAUGAACCAGACCGCUCUUCGAUCCUACCCAAGGCCGCGCCUACCGCUACCCCCAUCACUGUAACCCUCAACGACAGCAGCAAGGGCGAUGUGAAAGCUGAAGGUGAAGACGAUGGCGCUACUCCGAUCUCGGAGAAACUCACGCACUUCAUCGACGAGUCGUACAGCGGCAUCCAGGCCAAGAUGGCGGAUAUGAGCGCCCCCGCGGCAUGGGACGACAUCGUCGACUGGACAACGUCGGCAAUCGGUCUCCCCGGCUGGAUCAACAAGAUCCAAUCCGCGUUCGACACCGACAAACCGGACUCUCUCGGCCACGAAAUCAUUGAAGACAGCCAAGACGAGCAUCUCAACCCCGAAGUCGGCUGGGGCCCCGCGCAUGUCCGGCUCGGGAACCAGCUCAACGAAGACGAGCGCAAGUUUUUGCACCAGCGCAAGACCUUCACCCGCCGCGCGCUGGCAAAGUACCUCGGCAUCCCUGAGUCGUCGAUCAACGACGCCGAUAUCCCUACGAUCGCCGUCACGGGCUCGGGAGGCGGCUACCGCGCCAUGAUCGGGACAGCGGGGUACCUGCGCUCGCUGCAGAAAUCGGGCCUGCUCGACUGCGUGACGUACCUGGGCGGCGUGAGCGGCUCGACGUGGUUGAUGGCGCUCAUGUACACGCUCGCGGACUUUAGCACGGUGUCGCUGCUCGAGCAUAUAAAGUCGCGCGUGGGCGUGCACAUCGCGUUCUUACCCUCCGUGCUCGAUCUGUGCACGAAGGCGCCGACGGAUAAGUACCUGCUGCACGGGCUGAUUGAGAAAGUGCACUACAACUACUCCGACGUCCGGCUCUCGGACGUGUACGGCAUUCUGCUCGCGUCGCGACUGAUGGUGCCCAAAGACGAAAUGAUCGUCGACCGCAACCACCUCAAGAUCUCGAACCAGCGCACGCUCGUCGACACCGGCGCCGUGCCGCUGCCAAUCUACACCGCGGUCCGCCACGAGAUCGGCCUGACGGAAGGCGAGCAGUCCGCCGUCGACGACUCGUCCGAAGCCUCAGGCCAGACCAAGAAGCUCGAGGUCGAGAACGAUAGCAAGCGCGAGUCGUGGUUCCAGUGGUUCGAAAUCACGCCGUACGAGGUCGGAUCGGAGGAGAUCGGCGCGUGGAUCCCGACGUGGAGCAUGAGCCGGCGCUGGCAAAACGGAAGCAGCGUCGGCGCGCCGACGCCCGAGCCGAACCUGUCUUUGCUGAUGGGCACGUUCGGCUCGGCGUUUUGCGCGACGCUGAGCCAUUUCUACAAGGAAGUGCGGCCGGCGCUGGGCGACUUUGGCGUCACAAAGACGCUCGACAAGCUCGUGAACGAGAACGACGAGGACUUGAAGGGCGUGCAUCCGAUCCAGCCCGCGGGCAUCCCGAACUUCUUGCUGGGAUUGAAACCCUACCUGCCGAGUACCUGUCCCGAGUCGCUCUUUAUCUCGAAAGAGAUCGAGUUGAUGGACGCCGGGAUGGACAAUAACCUCGCAAUCUACCCUCUGCUGCGGCCCGAGCGUGAAGUCGACAUGAUCCUCGCGUUCGACUGCUCGGCUAAUCUGUCGCAGGUGAAGUGGCUCGAGUUAACGGCCGGGUACACGAAAAAGCGGGGGAUCCUGGGGUGGCCUGCGGACGCGGGCUGGCCGCUGGGGAAGAACCUUGACGAGGACCUGAAAGAGCUCGAGAAGCAGGACGAGAUCAAGACGACGAAGGACGCGAUCGACAAGUUCGCGUCUGGGCGCGACGCAGAGAAAGAAGCAGAGGCGAAGCCGAAGAAGCGUGGACUGUUUGAUCGCAAGGGUAAGAAGAGUAAGGACGCAGAAAAGAGCAAGACAAAGAAAGAAGCAGAGACACUUGGCCCCGUCACGAUCUGGACUGGCGUGACUUCAGAGAAGGAGCAGGAAAAUACUCCUGAAGACCACCCGGAGACGAUUGACGAGGAAUACAAGCUGCGCUCGCCGGACGCGGGAAUCACGCUGGUGUACUGCCCUCUGCUGCCCAACAAGAAAGUCGCGGGCGUGGACCCGGACGAGUCGCCGUACAUGAGCACCUGGAACUUCAUCUACAGCCCAACAGAGGUAGAUAAGGUUGUCGAUCUUGCGCAGACGAAUUUUGCGGAGGGAGAGGAGCGCGUGAAGAGGGCUGUUCGGCUGAUUUACGAGCGUAAGAAGCAGUUGCGGUUGAAGCGCGAGUCGGAAGUUAGGGAUCUGUGGAAGGGGAAGAUUUUGCAUGGUGACAAGUGAUUUUUUGAUUUCUGUACUCUGUAGACAUUUGAGAGACUAUCGGUUUACAAACCACUUGCUCCCCGUAAUCAUCUGCCGGGUUGCGAGAGCGAGAUUUGCAUGGUGAAAAGUGAUUAUUUUGAAUGUACUCUAUAGACAUUUCUGCAGGUUAGAGACUAUCGCUUUACAAACCACUGAUCCCCCGUAAUCAUCUACUGGGCCGCAAGAGCGAGAUUUGCAUGGUGACAAGUGAUUCUUUUGAUUUAUGUACUCUAUUUGUAUUUGACAAGACU